AUGAUGGAAGAUCCCGGGGGUGCCAUGCAUGACAACAACGACAACGCCACUGGUGGGGGGGCGACGACAAAGUCGCCUGCCGCCGGAGGAGCAGCGCAACCUACCCUGCAGCAACAAGAGCAGCGGUUCGGCAAGCGCGGGUCCGGACAGGCGUUCGCCCUCGGGCUUUUCCAGAUCCUCAAGACGGAGGAUCCGAAGGUCAUCGGGUGGUCCGCGUCCGGAAAGGCGUUUCGCAUCGGGGACUCGGAGAAGUUCUGCAAGGAGAUCAUGCCGAGGUUUUUCAAACAGAACAAGUACUCGAGCUUCCAACGGCAGCUGAACCUGUACGGGUUUCGUAAGCUGGUGAGGGGAAACGAGGCGGGAGGAUACAUGCACCCCCUUUUCGAGAGGGGCAAGCCGGAGCAGCUGAGCCAGGUCCGCAGAGGCUUCUUUCCAGAGAUCCCUCCCGAGUUCGCGCACGACGUGCACGGGCACGGCCUCAACGAUGGGGUGGGUGGCGGGGUCGGAGACGGCGGCAACGUGCCGAAAGCAGGGGCACGAGGCGGUCGCAAGUCCACCGACUCGAACAGGUCCAGCGUUGGCAGCAGCUCCAAGCAAGUCAACGCCAGCGGCGGCGGCGGCAACAGGGGACACGAGCGCUCGUCGAGCCUCGGGCAGUCGGGAAUGGCGCCUGCGGCUGCGGCCGCCGCAGCCGCCGUUACCGCUGCCGCCACCGCCGCCGCUGGCGGGCGCGGGGGCGGGCACAUCCGGACCGAGAGCGGGUCGGCCCUGAUGGGCCGGAGGGAGGACUGCAUGGCCGUCGAGAAGGGGGUGUGGGAUGCGGGGGGGCACGGGCACGGGCGCCUGCCUUCCCUCGACUUGGUGACGGGGGGGCUCAGGAAUUUGCACGGCAGUGGCGGCGGCGGGAGGAAUGGGAAUGGCGGGGGGCAGGGAGUCGGGACGGAGAUGCCGCCGACGUUGGGGCGACUGGUACCUUCCGCCGAGAACGUGGUAUCCCGCGAGUCUUCCCCGAUGAAGCCCGGUGCGGGAGGCGGCGGCGGAAACAGGAUGCACGCGGGCUCGUCCGACUACCAGCACACCGGCAACCGACUAGACGGGGGGGGACACCACCCGACCUACGGCCGCAGCCAGGAUGACCUUAACCUUACUCCUCGCUCACACUUCGCCGGGCCCAUCAUGGGGCUGGGCCUGCACCAGGGGGUAGCGGGGAACUGGGCGGCCGGCGGCGUCCACGGCGGCGGGCCCGGCGGGGGCGGGGGCGGGGGCGGGGGCUACGCGAACUCGCUCACCCCUAACCAAGAGUUCUUCGGUAGCAACGGCAGCCGGAACAGCAACCCGUACCAGGGGAGCAGCCCCCGGGUGCUGCAGAACAUGCACUCGAGGGACGACCUCGACGUGCUACGACCCCGCAAGACUCGCCGCACGGGACCGUCGUUCGACCAGGAGAGCCACGCCAACAACCAAGACCCGUCGCAGGCGUUUCUCGCCAUGAGCCCCCGCGCGGCCGGGACCGGCGGCGACGGAGGGGGAGGCUUUAUAGAAGAGCGCGGUGGGUACCUCAACACGUCGGCGGUUUACGCCUCGCCGGACGAGUUGCCGCCGGCCGCGCCGCGCAGGCUGGUGUCUCGGCACAACACGCCGUCUCGGCCGGAGCGGUCGAGCGCUUCGAAGAAUAAGGGGGGCGGCGAUGGAGACGACGCCGGGAAGCGGGGAGGGCAGCAGCAGCACCUCAUGAGCCUCGAGCCCAGCUCCAUGGACACGGAUGGCACGGCCGGCGGCGGUGGCGGCGGCGGCGCGGCUCUCACCAGCCAGGGCUUCCAG